CCCAACUGCAAAAGGCGCCAUUUUUUUCCCCUCUUUCCCUCGUCUUCUUCCUCCAAAUCCUUCGCCCCCUCCUAUAAAUCCACCUCGCGCAAAUCCAAAUCCAAAUCCAAGCUCGGAGAAGAGACCUACCUACCUACCUACCUACUCUAGGCGGGAGAGAUGGUGGGGAAGAGCGGGGUGGCGGAGGAGGGCGGAGCGGCGGCGGCGGCGGCGGUGAGGAGGUGGGUGGAGGCCGGCGGCGGGAGGCUGGUGAUGGACGGCGGGCUGGCGACGGAGCUGGAGGCCAACGGCGCCGACCUGAACGACCCGCUCUGGAGCGCCAAGUGCCUCCUCUCCUCCCCGCACCUCGUCCGCAAGGUCCAUUUAGACUACCUAGAAGCAGGUGCAAAUAUCAUAAUCACAGCGUCAUACCAGGCUACAAUUCAAGGCUUUGAAUCCAAGGGAUUUUCAAAAGAACAAAGUGAAGACUUGCUCGCAAAGAGUGUUGAGAUUGCACGUGAAGCGCGUGACAUGUUUCUGAAGGAACAUUCAGAUCGUCCCAUACAACAUCCUAUCCUGGUUGCAGCUUCCAUUGGAAGUUAUGGGGCCUAUCUUGCUGACGGCUCUGAGUACAGUGGGGAUUAUGGCGAAGCUGGCACGUUAGAAUUCCUGAAAGAUUUUCAUAAGCGAAGGCUGGAGGUUCUUGCGGAAGCAGGUCCUGAUUUGAUCGCCUUUGAAACAAUUCCCAACAAAUUGGAAGCUCAGGCUUACGUUGAACUUCUUGACGAAUGUAACAUCAGUAUCCCUGCAUGGUUCUCAUUUAAUUCAAAAGAUGGAGUUCACAUUGUGAGUGGAGACUCGUUAAUUGAAUGUGCUACUAUUGCUAAUGGGUGUUCGAAGGUUGGUGCAGUUGGAAUAAAUUGCACACCUCCAAGAUUUAUCCAUGGCCUGAUACUCUCCAUUCGAAAGGUCACAGAUAAGCCAAUUCUGAUAUAUCCCAACAGCGGAGAAAGAUAUGAUGCUGAGAAAAAGGAGUGGGUGGAAUCAACUGGCGUGUCAGACGGUGAUUUUGUUUCCUACGUAAACGAAUGGUGCAAAGAUGGGGCUGUCCUCAUUGGCGGCUGCUGCAGGACAACUCCAAACACCAUCAAGGCCAUAAGUAGAUCACUUAACCAACGCCACUCUUCGCUGCAUUUACCUGUGGCAUAGAGUUGCACGCUCCUUCAGGUGUGCUACUCAUGCUGGUACCUGAACCUGAUGAACAUAUCCUGGAGGUCCUUACUAGCAGCAUGAUGUUCUCUGCUGCAAAUGAGAUGGCUCUGCACUUACACUUGCGAAUAACUGUGCGUUUCGUCUGAGUUCUUAAAGUUGCCCAAUCUGGAGGUACAACCUACCAAGAAGGAUUAGCAAGCAGAAAACAGUGAUAGUGAACUGUUCUACUAAGUAAGUAACAAGUGAGUGAAAACAAUCUGCGGCAAAGUUGAUGAAGCUUGUAAGCUAUCAAGAGUUGUUGUGCAGACCUGAGCCUGUUAUAAGAGCCUAUGUUGUGUACUACUACUACUGCUGUACUACUACUACCCUGUGAACUCUUGUUUUGCUAUACAAGUCUAUAACAAUAAGUUUUGUUUGUUAAUGGAGAA